AUGCCUCCUGAAAUUCAGGUUCCAGAGUCUUUGGAGGACAAUGAGGAUUCAUUGGAUUUGUACAUGAAGCAAUUGGACGAAUCUCUGAAAAAUGAGGUGAAAAAACCGACAACUGCUGAGAAUAUCGACGAUUACGACUCGGACACGGAGGGGUUAUAUCAACUAUUGAAGAAGAGGGAACAGGAAAGUAAUUUUUUUAACGACCAUGAGGAUGCUGACAAAAUUGCGGCUCAGAAAGAAAAGCUAAUUGCUCCUUCAAUAAAUGUUAUAGAUACUAGAAGUUGGAACAAGAACAUUUACCAAGUGGAUGAGAAUAUAGAGAAUAUGACUUUGGAGGAAUCUGUAGAUUUGAAAAAGCGACUAGGUAUAGAGACCCUGGGUACAAGAGUUCCAAGACCGAUUGGAUCAUUUUUACAUUUAUCUAAAUGUGUUCCACCAACUAUCAUUGCUAGAUUGGCCAAACUCGGAUUUGUUCAACCAACGCCCGUUCAAUGCCAAGCAAUACCUUGUCUUUUACAGGGACGUAAUACUAUCAUCAUAUCGGAAACGGGAAGUGGAAAAACAUUGUCAUAUCUUAUUCCUAUUGUUGUUCAUGUUUUAAGUUUAAUUAAACAAUGGGAAUCUGUAGCAACUAAAAAGUCGAUUUACGCUUUGAUAUUAACAUUAAACAGGGAGUUGUGCUACCAAGUUUAUAAUGUCUUGAAUAAACUUUGUAAGCAUAUAAACUUGCGAAUAGCAUGUAUAUCCAGUGAUGCGGAUAAGAAGGAGCAAUUUAAAACAUUACUGGAUGGUUGUGAGAUCGCAGUUUGUAGUCCAGUUAGAUUGAUCGAUUUGGUAAGACUGAAGGGAGUGCGUUUGUCCAGUUGUAACUAUGUAGUGGUUGAUGAAUCUGACAGAAUGUUUACUAGGGAAUAUUAUAAACAGACUAUAAGCAUUUUGAAUAGUUUGAGGGACGAUGCUUUGAAAGUUUUUGUUUCGGCCACUACAACUGAUGAUAUUUACAAAAAGAUGAAGUCGCUUAUAAGAAACAGUAUAACUAUCAAAGUUGGAAUUACUCAGGGGAUAAAUUUAAACAAUAUUGACUUGAAAUUUGUAAUGAUGUUUUCUAAGCCCAAUUAUGUUCAAAAGAAAACAUGGCUGGCGGAUCAUAUAACACAUUUAGAAUCUAAAUCGCAAAAUAUUAUUUUUUGUAACCACAAGGAAACCGUUUUCGAAGUUUAUAAAUUUUUAUCUAGUACUGCCGAUAACUGUGCCAUGGCACAUUCGGAUAUUCCUCCCGACCAAAGGAAUAGGUUUUUGCAAAGCUUUAAAUCAGGACGUUGUAAGACUUUAGUUACGACAGAUUUAGUUUGUAGAGGUAUAGAUAUACCUUCGGUGGGCUGUGUUAUAAACUAUGAUGCUCCUAAGCAUUUUCACACAUUUAUGCACAGAGUCGGAAGGUGCAGUAGGAAUAAUAGUAAGGGAAUAAGUUAUACAUUUUUCUCUAAAUCAGAUAGUAGUUUGGCAGCACACAUUGCCCAUUAUAUGGAAACAAGUGUAAAUUCUGGACCAAAAUUGGAUGUGCCUAAUCACCUAUUAAACCUGGCCAUGUCAUUUGCUCCAUACAAGCAAUCAAAGUCUAUGGGAAUAGAUUUUAUCAAAUAUCUUUCUGGCGAUAGUUUCUUAUCAGGCGAUAAAAAGACUAGAAAUAAGAGACAGCUAGAACCUAAGCAUGAUACAGAGUUUGUCGCAAGUAAAGUUCACAAAUCGCCAGAUACAGAUACGGGUUAUAAUCCUGGCAACAUACCGAUUGAAGAUUCUAACAUUGGAAAGGAGUAUAAUGCAAUGGAUGAUAUUCCCAGUUCAUCUGAUGACGAUAUAGUUGUAGCUUGCAACAACAAUGCCGUACCUUCAAGUUUUCCAGAAUAUAGUACAAUAUCGCAGAUGCCUGUAUCUGAUGGCUCAAACAAAGAACAUAAACCAUCCAGAUUUUCGGAUGGCCCACUUUAG